AGCGAUUACUGCUGCAGCAUGUACACGUCACUGAUAGCCGUGAUCGCGCUUGCAGGCUGCGUGGCAGCCGCCCCCGCGGAGGACGUGAUACCAAUCGUGGCCCAAAGCCAGGAAGGCCCGAACCCGGACGGCUCGUACAAGUGGAGUUACGAAUCCGGAAACGGGAUCAAGGCGCAAGAGGAGGGCCACUUGGAGAACGCUGGCCAAGAGAACGAGGCGAUGAACGCGCAGGGAAGCUUCAGUUAUCCCAGUGAUGACGGCCAACAAAUCUCGUUGACGUACAUAGCGAACGAGGAAGGUUUCCAACCGCAGGGUGCUCACUUACCGACCACGCCGGAAAUACCGCCCCUCAUCCAGAAGGCGCUCGAUUGGAUAGCUGCACAUCCGAGUAAGGAGGACCAGAAUCAGGUAUAAAGGAUAGUACGUGCGUCGUCAGUGAUCUCAGCGAGUCUGCAAUUCGAUCCAAUCCCUUUUGUACUAUUACGGAUUAAAUUUU